AAUAUGCGGAAACGGUGACUGAGCUUUUCGUUUGUGGAACUCCCUGAGAGUUAGUUCUUAUUUGAAAUCCAAACAAUUGUGACAUUUCUUUCUUUUAUACUACGCGAACCGCAUUUGUUUUCUAAUGAAAAUGUCCCCAAGAAGUAGGGAAUUACGUGCGUGUUUUCUAAAUAAACGUGUUCUUAUUUCAAUAGGAGCGAAUGCCAACUGGUACAAGGCAAAUAGUUUCACCCAGUACCGGGUAAAACAGUCCAAGAGGAAACGCCGUGAACUUAUUCCUCCACCAGUGUCUAUGGCAAAUGAAUUCUACACCAACAUCGCUCUGCAAGUCAAGAUCUCGCCCAAUUCUACCAAUGUGGUCGUAUUCUUAGCUUCGAACAGCUUGGGAACCGAAUUUAACAGAAUUGAUGUUAAGAACGGUGUGCUGCGUUACAUCUUCCGACUGGGUGACCGCAUGAAGAUCCUAAGCAUUCCUCAACUGAACGUGACAGAUGAUGUAUACCACACUGUGGUAGUCAAGAGAGAAGGCAACCGUGCAAGCCUUCAGAUCGAUUACGACGGUAAAGUGGAGGGCACCACGGGUGGCUUACACAAACUGCUCAACAUGGGCGGAGGAAGUUUCUUCACUGGUGGCUUGCCUAACUUUACUGAGGUACGGUUACUCACACUUUCAGGAGUUUCAUUAACGUUUUCAUCAGGAGGACAACUGGUUUUCACAAGUAGGCAAAACUAUGUGAACUGAAAUUCUAAAAAAGAAUUUUAACCUUCUCUAGAUGGUCAAACCAGGCGGGCAAAAUCGCCCUCACAACCGGUCGAUUUGCUCAGUGCCCGGCCAUAAAUAGCCAGGGUUGUUCGAAAGCCGGUGAACGCUA